CACAAAUACUAAAGUAAGAAAAAAAAAAUGGCUGGAGAGGAGUUGUUGAAACUGUUCGAGGAAAACUGGUCGGAGAGACCAAUCUUCAAGAAAGAAAAAAACUCUUUGAAUCUCAGUGAACAAGUUCGAGAAGAAAAAGAAGAAGAAGAAGAUGUGAAGAAUAAUCCGGUAAGCUUUCUUGUAGAGAGGGCUAUGAGUGAUCAGACGAUGAUGACGAGUUCCAAGACGAGCUUGUUUGUUUUUUCAUCAGAUGAUUUGUUCUCGUCUCCUAGAUCGGUAUUAAGCGUUAAAGCAUCGCCGAUGAAGCUUCAGACGAUUCUCUCCGGGAAAGAAGUGAAUGAGUUCUCGAAAGCGGAAAGGGAAAGGGUAUUCUCUGAAAAAACAGAGAAGGAAGAACAGAGGAAAAAGAAGCAGAGCAAUGUGAGAACGAGAAGGGGAAAGAGUAUGUCGGAUUUGGAGUACGAGGAGCUUAAAGGGUUUAUGGAUCUGGGUUUUGUCUUCUCCGAGGAAGACCAUAAAGACUCAGAUUUGGUUUCGAUUCUUCCUGGAUUGCAGAGAUUGGUGAAGAAAGAUGAUGGAGGACUGAGAGUAACAGAGGAAAACAUAAGCAACGGAAACAGAGUAGCGAGACCCUAUCUGUCGGAAGCGUGGGAUCUUUGUGGAGGGAGAAAAGGGAAGAGACAGAUGACGCCGGAGAUAAAGUGGAGAGUUCCGGCGCCGGCGGUUAAAGAAGUUGAGCUGAAAGAUCAUCUAAAACUUUGGGCUCAUGCAGUGGCUUCGACUAUUCGAUGAUAAUAGCACAAAAGCUAUAUCCGAUCCUUUGUGUAUCUGUUAGCUUUGAUUAUUCUGGUUUUAAAUUCCUGGGAAUAAAAAUGAUUGUUCACAAAAC